GACAGAGUCAAAAUCGUCAUUUCAAACGUCUCGACACACAUUUUGAGAUACACGCUUUUGAUAUAGCAACUGGAAAGUUAAUCAAGUCAGAAACGAGUAGAACAUAAUGUAUGAAGAACCAGAGAUUUUGAGCAAUUUGAACGAGGUUCCCGCCAGCCACACCGAUUUGAUGGACACGACUAUCUCAGAUUCGGUAAUGGAGCAGGGAGUCGAGACUACAAGCAGUACUCACAAAUUAUUGCAAAUUACACCUGAGGAAGAUUCUAAGUUCAUCAUCAUGGAUGAAGGUGUUUAUACUGAUGAUAAAGAUGAAGAUAUAAAUAAAGAAGAUAAAAAUAAACAAAAGGAAAUUGAUAAUAAUGUAGAUAAGGACAAAGGAAAGGAUGAUAAAAACGGAGAUGAAAACGAAGCCGAAGAUGUUGAUGAUACAUUUGAAGACGACAACGAAAAUGAAGAUCGCGAUAAAAAUAACAAUGAAGAUGAAGAUGAUAAGAACAUAUCUGAUGAUAUGCGUGAAAAUGAAGAAAAGAUGGUCUCUGAUGACACUCCGGGUGAAAAUGAAGACGAGGAACUUACUAUUGACAUUAAUAAAAUGAAACUGGAUUUUCGAACCUUUCUUGAAGAUAACAAUUCAGAAAUGGAGGAAAAUACGGUGAAAACCGUAGUGCCGCAGCCUCCAAUCGUCCCUCGAAAAUCGUUCAAAAGUAUCCUAAAGAGGAAGAGAUCAUACGAAAACAAUGCAGACGUGCCUAACAAGAAGAUAAAAGAAAAUGUCACAUUUGGUGACGUUACAGUCUACUAUUUUCCUAGAACCCAAGGUUUUUCUUCUGUACCCUCCGAUGGCGAUAUUGCGCUAGGAAUGGAGGCAACUCACAGCCACAUGAACACCAUGCCAGUGAAUAAAGUAAGAGAAACCAAGCGUUCAUUUGGACCGAAGUAUUUGUCUGCCGCAAAACGCAGAAAGAUGUUGCUAGAUACUGGUGUGUCUAAUAUAGACACUAAGACCAUAAUGAAUACAUUAUACAUACGUUAUUCAAGAAAAGUAUGCGGCUGUGAGUGCGAAGACGGCUGCAGCAGCGAAUGUAGCUGCUUCAAUGGAGAAGUUCCGUGUCAGAAUGAUUCGGGACAUCAACCUUGCGGCUGCAAUAGAAAAAAUUGCCGCAACAAGUACGGUCACUAUCGUUUCAAUUCGAAAAAUGUAAGGAACCAUUAUGACCGUACCUUUGAUAGAAUUACUGAUGAAGAUAAUUCUGAAUAAACGAUCGAAAAUGAUGGAAGAUAACCACCCAAAAUUUAUUGUAUUUUCACGUUCGUUCAAUAAAUAUGUUUA